CCUCAGACUGUCGAUUGUGAGCCGAGAUCCAUACGGUUCCUAUUAGCUAGGUGGGCAUCGUACAACCCCGACGGCUCCCUAAGUAUCGGCAGUAACACAAGCUUGGAGAAUCUCACCAAGAAGGUUGCCGAGGCGCAUGUGGAGGCUUUCCAAGGGACUCUACAAUGCAGCAGGGAGAUGGACGUGCUCGCCCAUGCACUCGGCACCAAGGAACAUCCCGGUCGCACAAGAGGGACUGGCGUUGUUCCUUGGAAGCUUGCUUUCGAGGAUGACGAAGCUAGUCGCCAGGCGCGUAAAGCAGCCGAGGAAGAGCUAAAGCUCAAAGAGAUCGAGGAGCGUGUGGAGCAAAGAGUCACAGCGCAAUUUCAAUCGCAUAUCGAUCAGUUGAUUGCGGCUGCAAGUGCCGCCCGCACCUCCACAGAGACAGCUCCCAUAGGCAUGAGCCCCGUGUUCAAGGGCAGUAGCUGUGGGUCCACCCCGAUGGAUGAAAGCGAAGCAAAUGCAACGCAUCCGGUGGACAGCAUCACAGCGCCCACUUCCUGCACAUUGUACGUGCAUCAACAGUGGUUUCCUCUCAAAGUGGCGCUCGGCCUGGUGUGGCCUGUCGAAGAAGGUACGUGUAGCGCAUCGAGGAAUUCUUUUGUUGUACCUUUACCAUCUCUUGAUGUACACAUGAACUAAUUGCUAUUUGCACACAGGUAUGCAAGUGCACGGUCGCCAACUACCAGCAGGCUAUGCCAAGGUCACCAUUGAUAGGAUUUUAAAGAAAAAAUACAACAAGAUAAUGCUUGACUACCCCCCGAGGAAGAUUCUCCAACUCUUCAGGAGAACAGGGGUGGAUUUGUGCCGUGGCGCAAAUGCUACAUUAAGUUGAGCACUGAGGGGUCUUCUUCGGAUGACGACGAAGACGAAGGAAAGAACAGAACAGAUCCUCAUCCCCUUCCUUCGCCACCGAGGAGAGAGGCUCCUCCUCCUCCUCCCCUCCUUCCUUCGCCGCCGAGGAGAGAGACUCCUCCUCCUCCUGCCCCCCUUCCUUCACCGCCGAGGAGAGUCUCCUCCUGCCCCCCUCCUAGGACAAAAAGAAAGAAAGUCAGCGGCAGUGUCACAAGCUUAAUGAAAGACCCAGCUGGUUACCAGGACAAAAUCAGCGAUGAAUCAAAGCGCGCCAUACUCAAAAAUUUGAAACAGUCGAGGUAUAUCCCGACCGUCUCGGACUACGAACGGCAGAUCUCUAAACCAGAAAAUAAAAAGAAAAGCUGUGAAACGAUAAAGAAACAAAAGGCGGCAAGGCAACAACAAGCCGAAGACAUGGGAUUAACAGAGGAGCAGCUCACAGCCUUCGAGCAAGGCACCUUGGAAUUAGAGAGCGCUCCCAUCGCAUACAAGUAUGCCCAUGGCAAAGAUCUACUGGAGGACACGAAAGAGCUCCAAAAGUUGCCGACAAGGAUGCGUGAGCUGCACAAUUGGUACAAAGAACAGACCAAGAAUGGAUCCAUAACAUUCGGGGUUAGGGUCCCAACAAAAAUCUACCAUCAAAGGAAUGAACACACAAUGUGGAUUGAAUUCGAAAGCCUGUUCUACCUAUUCCAGAAGCGCGACCUAGACAUUCAACUACUAAGCCUAUGGACUAUUAUGGAGGCACAACAAUGCAUAGUGAGGAACAUUAAUCAUGUUGCCUUCUUGGACCUUGAGCGACUAAAUAAUCAUACAUGCAAUGGUCGUGGGGCUGAACUAUGGGAUCUAGCGAAUGAUUUGGCAAGGAUAUUCUUAGAAUUCCAACGUAAAGAAAGCAUACUCUUAGCCUACGAGUGCGACUACCAUUAUGUCCUCAUAGAAAUCAUGCUAGAACAGAGCGUGGUCAAUGUCUACGACUCGAAGAGGAGGCCACUAAGUCACAUCAUAGCACUCGAACAUAUACUAAACAUGGCCUUUGAGCAAUAUCGUAAGAAAAGUAAAAGACAUAGACCAUUUUGGAAAGAUUUCACUGUAAAGAGAAUGGAUAUGUUCACACUCACUCAACCAUUGGGCAACAACCAGUGUGGCUUCUAUGUCAUGUGGGCAAUGCACCAGUUCACCGGCGAUGGUACAUCAGCUGGGCAAUUACUUGGUAACGAACUUAACACCCGUUAGCUGCUAGAGAGUGAGAUCAUAGGAAUACAGGAGCAGCUAGCGGGUUUCAUCAUGGACGAAGUGGUGAAAGAAGAUGGAAAGUUCAACAUUUUGUAUACUUAAGAUUAAUGGACAUUUAAGUGAUUUGUAAUAUGUGAACAUCGAAUGUCUAUGUCUAUGUAAUUGUACAAUUUUGAUAUUACAGUAUAAUA